AUGGCGGGAGAGAUUGUCAAUUUUGACAGCUCAGAGGUUAUCUUUGGACGGUACACUUCGGAAACUAAGUUUAUUGAAUCGAAAACGAAUGAGAUUGAACACUAUUUCAUUGGACAGCACGUCACACUGCUUGUGAAAUUAAAACUUUCCAAUGAAACUGUUAACAGGCUGAAGAGUGUUCACCCUCCAGGACGUAGCCCUCUGUUGGAAAAUAUUAACACUUCAAUAAAACGUCAACUGAACCAUGGUGUUGAUGUUAGAUACAAGGUUGUUCCUUUGAAAAAGCUUCCCAGUAUUGCAUUGCAUUCAUCGACAGAUUGUCUAACGUGUCAUGUCACCGCAAGUCAUCAUGAAGAGUCGGAACAGCAAAACGAACAGUCACUGGAACCAACAUUUUCAUGUGACAAGAAAUUCUACCAUAAACCAGUACGGGUGACUAUACCAGAGUUACCAUUUGAAACCAGCCUGGCCAGUCUUGUCAUCCUCAUUCAGCCAGCCUGUAAACACACUCCAAGAUGGCUUAGCAGUCCAGCAAAGUUAGACACCUUUGAUAAUCUGCAAGAAGUCACAAAUGACAAAGCAGAAGGUGGAAAAUUAGUUUCAAGGAAAUUCAAGGUGAUUCAUCCCCCAUUCAUGAUGUUUCAGCAAAUCAGUGUUGGUAGCCAGAAAACUGUAUUUUUGGAAGUGUCUAAUCUCUCUCAGAAGCCAGCUGUCAUCAAGGAAUGUUUCUUCAAGCCUGCAAUCUGUCCUAAAUCUGGGACAUCCCUACCUUGCAAGAAGGAAACAACAAAUGAGCGACUAUGCUUGCUUCAUAGUGACAAUAUUGCGACACUGAUGAAUGACCAGGGGACUAUUUUACCUGAACGUCUACUACCUGGGGAAAAAGUUUCACUUGCUGCCAAUAUUAAUGUGAAUGCACUUCAUAAUAGCUGUCUAAAAGAUGAGCUGUCAUGGGAAGCACAGUUGACAUGGGCCAUUGAUAAGGAUUCCAUGAAGCAGUUUACCAUUGCUACAACAUACAGGUUGCCUAACUUAAAGCUGAAGAAAGGAUUGUUUAUAAUGUCAGCAUGUUGCAACAAAUCUUCAUUUAAGAAAGGUGAAAGGGUCUGCAUAACAUAUACUAUACAGAAUAACCUUCAUGAGUUUCUGUCAAUUCGGUUGUCAUGGCAACCCCCAUCUGCAGUGCAUGUCAGGUAGGGGAGACUAUGGAAGCCAAUGUUCACUUCAGGGCGUUACGCUUAGGCUUAUACGAGGUGUGUAAACACAUGAAGGUGAAUCUGCGCUACUCUAUUCCUGUGUCGGAUUCAUCCACCAUGACUAACCAAACAAGCCCGCUAUCCACUCAGUCCGACGAUCCACAAAUGCUACACUCAACGUUAGAAGAUAUUGGGGGGAUACAAUCCAACAGCCGACUGACUGCUAGUGAUUUAGUGCCAAAACUAUCACCGCAUCAUAAAUCUCUGUCGUUUUCUGACCUCGGACAAGAUAUCUCGGAUGAACUGUUUACUUCAGGAAAACGCCGUGAUCCGCAGUCACCUUGGUUACAAAAGAACAUCCGGUCAUUGAGCGCAGUGGAAUAUGAGAAGCUGUUACUGAGUGCUGAUAACUUUAUUAAGAACUCUUGCCUUGUUAAAGUUGACAAUAAUUAAGUCAAUAAGUUUGAUCAAAGGUCAGUUUUAUUUAAUUGUAAUUGCGAAUAUAGUGUCUAAAAACAAGGGAUGAUUCAAAAGUUAUCGGAAAUGUUCGCUCAUAUCUUUAUUUGUAUGUGCUAUUUGUUAAAUUUCUGCCAAAAAUUGAUUGAUUCAAUGCACGCAUAUUCAAUAUGUUUCAUUAAAAUCACGGAUAAAAAAUAAAA